AUGGCACAAGGUGUGCGUUGUGAUGGGAAGAAAAAGAUACAAGAUGUAAUUGAUCAUCUACUGGGGCCUUCACAUAGAGCAGCUCAAGAAAAGAAACAGCUAUCCAAGUUGUGGAAUGCCAAAGACAAACGUCACCCAUUUAUUAACUUGGCAACAAAAAGUGAUCCAACAGUUUUGAAGACCUUGACUGACAUGGCAGUAGAGGUCUAUAAUGACAGUAAAUCUUUGACUUUAGCUGCCUGGUCAUAG